AUGACAAUCGAUCAUUGUCAAGCAUGGAAUGAAACAGAUUUAACAGAAAAUAUAACUGAAAUUAUUCCACCACAACCAUUUGUUUAUUAUGGUCGAUAUCAUCAACGACGUUCUCGUCGUGAAUAUCUAUAUAAAAAUUCAACAUCUGAUCUUAAUACAAUUGAAACAGUUCUUUCAAUUCUUCCAUUAGAUCGUCUAGGUGCUAUUAUUGGUCAAAUUAUGGCAACAAGUCUUAAAGAAAUAUUUAAUCCAAAUGUUGGCAAAAAAAUUAUUAAUGUUCUUGAAAAUCAAGUACCAUCAUUAUUAACAUCACUUUUUAGUAAUCUUUUUAGUACUUUUCGUAUUCCAGCAAGAGCAUCAACAAGUAAUAUCACUGUAUCAAUCAAUAUAAGUACUAAUAAGCCAUUGAGUAAUAGUUCAACACCAUCGUUAAUAAAUUUUAUGCGACGUCCAAGAACCAAGUAA